ACAGUUCAGAGAGAGAGCUAAAACCCUUAAAAAGAGCACAUUUCCCCUAAAUUAUACAAACCCAAAACCCAGGAACCUAGGAGAAAGAAGAAAGCAGAAUCGAUGAACAAGAAGAAGGUAUUCGAAUUGGCGAAGGGUUUUCGAGGGAGAGCGAAGAAUUGCAUAAGGAUAGCGAGGGAGAGAGUGGAGAAGGCGCUACAGUAUUCAUACAGAGAUCGCCGCAAUAAGAAGCGUGAUAUGCGUUCCCUUUGGAUCAUGCGUAUCAACGCCGGCACUCGUCAGUACGGGGUGAACUAUGGAAACUUCAUACAUGGACUGACGAAGGAAAAUAUCCAGCUGAACAGGAAGGUUCUAUCAGAGAUAUCAAUGCACGAGCCAUACAGCUUCAAGGCCCUUGUAGACGUAUCUCGUACCGCCUUUCCAGGAAACAAGGCCGCUGUACCUCCCAAGAAGCAAGGCCUUGCAAUGCUUGUCUGAACGAAUUCUUUUGGUUUUGCUCAUCGGAUUGAUUAGAAAGGAUUAUCUGAAUUAUUUGUUACUGUUUAAGAUACUAUUGUAGAUGUGUUGAAGUGUUUGGUUUUCAUUGGCAACUCUUCAAGGACAGAUCGCAAUGCUUGUUUGCUUCAUUGGAUUCAACUGGGAUGAUCAAAUCUCUUCUUCCUCAAAACAGCUGCAUCAACUAAAAUUCGAUUCUUGUAGGUUUGCACCGUA